AUGAGCGAUCCUGUGUCCUUGACGGAUCAGGCAUUGCGCCAAACGGACAUGGCUCGUCGCUCGUCGACCCGCCGCCCUAUCGGCGAGGAAAGUGCCAUGGCACGUCCCAGCCGUAAAACCAGUAUGCAUGAGCGUCGCUCCUCGCGCGCACCCCUCGAUCAAGACGCCUUGGUCGAACAGCCCCCCAUUCGCUCGCGUUCACGCCGUGCUCCGCCGACGACAUACGAAGAGCCGCCACGUGCACAGCGAUCGUCGCGCUCACGUGGCGUCGUGCCUGACGAGCCUUUAGAGCGUCGUGCACGUCGCUCCUCGCGCGCACAGCCUCUUGACGAAGAAGCGGCGGAGCCUCGCACUCGCACACGCCGCCCUUCACGUCGGGAGGAUGUGUAUGAUGACGACAUGCCGCGUUCGCGGACCGACGCACGGCGUGAACCGCGUCCUUCGCGUCGUGAGGCCGACGUCGAAGAAGCGCCUCGUCGUCGUCGCUCUUCACGUGUGCCUGAGACAUACGACGACGACGACAAGCCACGUCCUCAACGCGCGUCCCGUGGCGGAGAAGCCUUGUCGCCUCCUAUGGAUGAACCUGUUCGUCGCGCGCGUCGCGCCUCUCGCUCCGCUGCACCUGUAGGCAAUGCCAAUGGUCGCCCAUCGUCGCGCGCUAUGGCGGCUCCUCCCGCAGGUAUGGACGACGGGGAGGACGACGAGGAUGAGUUUUACGAUGCCAGCGCGAACACUCGUUCGGCGCCUGCCACCUCACAACGCCCCUCUUCACGUGCCACUGCCGCUGCUGCCGCUGCUGGCAUUGGUGCGGGUGCAGGCGCUGGUGCAGGCGUUGCGGCCGUAUCGGCCAAGCCGAAGGCUUCGUCGACACGUCGACACGACUCGCAGCUGCUUGCGAGCCAAGCCAAGAGUCGCUCUGAGCGUGUAAGCAAGCUGACGUUUGCCGACGUGACGCAAUCGGAUGCGGAGAUGCAUGAGGAUAUUGAGACAGCUCGCAAGGCUCUGCACCUUUUCCUCAACAGUCGUAUGCUGGAUGCGUACGAGCUCAUUGAAGGCAAGUCAGAGAGCCGUAUGUACUAUGCGGUGGGCUAUGCUAUUCUCUCGACCAUCAAGGCCAUCAUGACGUACGAACACCAGGAUCUGGGUACAGCCAUUUCUCACUGCAAAGACUCGCUGCAUAUCGCCAAUUUGCUCCGCAAAAAGUCUUCGGCCUUCGCUUCCAUUGGCCGCUUUGUGCGUGGUGCCGGCCCUUCGGUAACAUGGAUUGCGUCCAUGACUACCUUGGAAAAGCAUGCUGAGCUCGUAGCAGCUGAAUGCUCGCUUCUCAAGGCCGUGCUGGGUAUUGCCUACUCGGGCGACUUGCUUGGCUCGCUCGCUGAGGCCCUGCAUCUGCGUUCAGCCUAUGGUGAAUACCGCAGCUUGCUCAAGUACAUCGAAUGGGAAGACAAGACAAACAGUCGCACCUCCGAUGAAGAUUUCCGCAGUGGUGUCUUCCUUGGCUCUGGCUGUAUUAGUUUGAUUCUCGGUCUGCUGCCCUCCAAGGUCCUGAAAAUCAUGGAGGUGUUUGGCUACGAAGGCAGUGUCAAGGUUGGUCUCGAUCUUCUCUCGCGGGCUACUGGCUGGAGCUCGGAGCCCAACGAUCGUCAGCCCAAGCGCACGAUUGAGACUGAAGGUAUUCGCAGCCCGAUUUGCGAUAUGACCAUGUUGUGCUACCAUUUGGUCGUGUCGACCUUUGUACCUGUGCCGAACGUCGAUAUCGACUUUGCGGAAAAGGUCCUGGACUACCAUUUGCAGCGUUAUCCUGAAGGUGUGUUUUUCCUGUACUUCCAUGGUCGUUUGUACUCCACGCAAGCCCUCUCAGCCAAGGCGGUAGAGUGCUUCAAGCAGGCACGCGACGUCCAAGAAGAAUACAUUCAGCUCAAGCAUAUCUGCUACUGGGACAUGUCGUUGUGCAACAUGUCAUUGAACGACUGGCCCGAAGCGUACAAGUGCUUCACUGUCCUUGCGAACGAAAACAACUGGUCCAAGGCCUUGUACAACUAUGGCCGUGCUGCUGCGUUGUACCAAACUGGCGAUCCUUCGGCGCAGGAAGAGGCGAAGGAGAUUAUGGAGCGCGUUCCUUCGAUGACACAGAAGAUUGCGGGCAAGAGUAUCCCGCUAGAGAAGUUUGCGGCUCGUAAGGCACGCAAGAUGAUCGAGUACGGCUACUUGCUCCUUCCUGCGAUGGAAUUGGCCUAUAUCACGCACUGCUACACCACGGCCUCGCCACGGGCUCUAUCACGUCGCUCCCUCCCGACUGUCGAGCGCGAAAUUGCGCGCCUCGAAGCUGACUCGCAUGCUGUGGCUGACGACCUGUGCUUGGCGCACUUCCUCCACGGUGUGAUCUUGCGCAACUUGGCGUUCCCGGAGAAGCACGUCAAGUAUGAUCGUGAGCACCGCGUCGUGGAUGUCAAGGCAGCGGCUGCGAAGGCAGAGGCUAGCUUCAAGUAUGUGGCUGAGAAUGGCGCUACGUGUGAAUACGAUCAUUACAUGCUCUACUUCUGCCACUACGAACUGGGCCGUCUGUAUAUCAGUAUGGGCCGCUACUCGGAGGCUCGUGCCGAGCUCAACAUUGUCAUGGGCGGGAAGAACCUCGGUGAUCAUGGCCGGAAGGGCAAGUACAGUAUGCAAAACAUGUGCGUCUUGCGCUCCCACGGUGCGCUCGAGACAUUGGAUCACGAUCUUAAGUAA